CUACUCAUUCAUUUCGGACCACCAAAUUGCGACCGAAGAAAGCAAAUCAAGACUCAAGGCUUUAAGCAUCAACCACUCCUUUGGUCUGUGUCUGUAAAACAAUAAUUAUUAUAUUUUUUUAAUGGACUGUUCUUCGUUUCUCGACAUAUCUCUCAAUCUCAACACCAACACUCUCGAUCGUAGUUUCCCGGAAAAACUUCCGGGUUCACAUUUUCAGAAAAAGGAGGUCAAGGUUUCAACUUCUGCUGAUUUGAAAAGGAAAUGGAUGGUCAAAGAUGAGAGCGCAAGUGAGUUAAGAGAGGAGCUAAACAGAGUCAACUCAGAGAACAAGAAGCUAACAGAGAUGCUUGCAACUGUCUACGAGAACUACUGCGCACUACAACAUCAUUUGGAGAAGCUUCAGAGUCGUCGACAAAGCCCUGGAACAGAUCAGAUCGAACAACCUACAAAGAAAAGAAAACAAGAUUCGGAUGAAUCCUUAAGCCUUCCUAAUGGACUCAGUAGUGGAAGAAAUGAGAACAGCUCUAGCAACGAAGCUCAUCAUCAUCAUCAUCAUCAUCAUCAGAAGCAGCAAUAUGAGCAAAAAAAUCAGCUUAUUUCUUGUAAAAGAUCAGUCACUGAUAGCUUCAACAAAGCACAGGUUUCAACAGUUUACGUGCCUGCUGUUUCUUCCGACACAAGCUUUACAGUAAAAGAUGGAUAUCAAUGGAGGAAAUACGGACAAAAAGUUACAAGAGAUAACCCCUCACCAAGAGCUUACUUUAGAUGCUCAUUUGCACCUUCUUGUCCAGUAAAAAAGAAGGUGCAACGCAGCGCAGAGGAUCCGUCAAUACUGGUAGCUACAUACGAAGGGACACAUAACCACUUAGGUCCAAACGCUUCUGAAGGGGACGCUACUAGCCAGGUUGGAUCAAGAACUGUGACUUUGGAUAUGGUUCAUGGUGGUCAUAGUUUAGCUUUGGAGAAGAACGAAAGGGAAACAAUGCAAGAUGUUCUGGUUCAGCAAAUGGCGUCUUCGUUAACGAAAGAUUCAAAGUUUACAGCUGCUCUUGCGGCUGCUAUAUCUGGGAGGUUGAUGGAGCAGUCUAGAACAUGAAGCUUUCAGUGAAUGUUUCUGUUUUGGUUUCUCAUCCCUGGCAAUAAGAGUGCCUGUUUUUUUCUUUCAAAAUUUAUCUUUACUUGGGAGAAAAAGAUGGAAAUGUCAGUGUACAUAAAUAUUGUAACUACAUGAAAAAUCAUAAGCAUUCAAGAAAAUAAAUAAAUGUGAAGUCAUUUUAAAAUGGUUA